AAGAUUAAAGAUAUCUUAAUCAAACUGAUGUCAGCCCAUUUUGGCAACUCUUGACUUAAUGGAUGAGAAAAACUUCCUUGGAAUUGAGAUUAUGUUAAAAAAUUCUUACUCAGUUAUAGAAAGAUUCUAUGUACAGAUUAAGCUUUGAAGAUAAGUCUUGUCCACUGGAUAUAUAUAUAUUUGAUACCUGGAUAUAUAUUUUAUAAGUGGAGCAGUUUUACCAACCUUUGGUCAUUGGGUAUUGAUUUCUGGAUUCAAUCCUAAUAAAUCUACUUGAAACUCUUUAACAGCAAAAAUAUCACCACACUUUGUUACAAGAAAAAAAGAUUAAAAGUUAUGGAAAAAAAUGCAGAGCCUGAAACUAUUGAUUCCCUUACAUAUACAGAGGAAAAUACAGAAGAGAAAUCACAUGAUUUAUGUGGGGAAUUGUUAACAAAAAAGGAUUUAAUUCGGCAUCAGUCAAUUCACUCAGUCUCAAAGCUGUAUAACUGUGAAGUUUGUGGAAAGACAUUUACAAGCAGUACUUUGUUGACUAGCCACAAAGAUAUCCACAAUGGAGAAAAAUUAUACCAAUGUUACAUGUGUGAUGAAAAGUUUUCAACAAAGGACAAUUUGUCGUCUCACACAUGUAUUCAAACAGCAGAAAGACCAUACUGUUGUGAUAUCUGUGGUAAAACAUUUUGUAGAAGUGGUCAGUUGUCUUCCCAUAAAUAUAUUCAUUCAAGAGAGAGACCAUACCAUUGUGAUAUCUGUGGUCAAACAUUUUCUAGAAGUGGUCAUUUGAUUAACCACAAACGCAUCCACACAGGCGAAAGGCCAUACAACUGUGAUAUUUGUGAUAAAAAAUUUUCUAGAAUUAGUGAAUUAUCUUCCCACAAAUGUAUUCACUUGGGUGAAAGACAAUAUCGCUGUCAUAGCUGUGAUAAAAUAUUUUCUAACAGAACUGAUUUGUCUUCUCAUAAACAUAUUCACUCAGGAGGACGAAUAUACCACUGUGAUAUCUGUGAUACAACAUUCUCUCAAAGUGGAAGUUUAUCUCAACAUAAGCGUAUUCAUACAGGAGAGAAGCCAUACCAGUGUGAUAUUUGUAAGAAAAAAUUUUCUACUAGCAGUUAUUUGUCAACCCACAAACGUACUCACACUGGUGAAAGACCCUACCGUUGUGAUAUCUGUGGUAAAACAUUCACUCAAAGUGGGUGUUUAUCUCAACACAAAUAUAUUCAUACAGGAGUAAGACCUUACCAUUGUGAUAUUUGUGGUAAAGCAUUUUCUACAACUCGUAAUUUAACUCGACACAAAUGUAUUCAUACAAAAGAGAAAGCAUACCACUGUGAUAUCUGUGAUGAAACAUUUUCUACUAGGGGUCGUUUAUCUUCCCACAUACGUAUUCAUACAGGAGAAAGACCUUCAUAACACUGAGAUUUCUGUUAUAAAGCAUUGUUACAAAAUAGUAGUUUAU